AUGUCGGGAACAUCCCUGUGUGGGAGCACCGGGACCAUCCCUGUGCCAGCCACUGACAGGAUUUUGUCUCUGGCAGGAUCAGGGUCAGAGCUGGAGGAGAAUGGUAGGAGUGGCAGCAAGAAACUGGACACCAUGACCCUGAUUAAGGAAGACAUGGACAUCUUCGGGCACUGCCCUGCGCAUGACGACUUCUACCUGGUGGUGUGCAACCACUGCAGCCAGCCCCUCCCUGAGCACACGGACAAGGAUAACAACCUCUGCUUGUUUGUGCCCGUGGUGAACCUGGAGAAGAUUCCCAGCAUUCCCAAACCGGACGGGCACGGGAUCAAGGUGCCCCCCAAAGCCGUCCCCACCAACUCCAAGGAAUCCCUGGGGAAACCCGCGGCUGCCGCGGUGCCCAGAGAGCCCCCGGUGCCGGCCGGGGUCGGGGGGGAUUCGGCCAUGCCGGAGAGCAUCCCUGCUCCGGGGGAGAAGGAUGUGGGGGCCCCCAAACCGCCCCCCAGGUCCCACAGGAAGCUGGCGCGUAAGGAGUGUGACCUGAACCGGCAGUGUGGGGUGCGCAACCCCGACACCAACAAGCUCUGCACCCGCCUGCUGACCUGCAAGAUCCACUCGGUUCACCAGCGCCGGGAGGUGCAGGGUCGGGCCAAGGAUUUCGAUGUGCUGGUGGCCGAGCUCAAGGCCAGCACCCGCAGAGGGGACCCCCCGAAAGACAGGAGCCCCCCUGAGAAGGACCCACUGCACCCUGCCCUGCAGGACACCCCCUCACUGCUGCAGCCCCCCAAUACCCCUCCCUGCCGAGCCAGGCUGUCCCACUGCUUGCACCCCACCAGGGCCCAACUUUCCUCUGACAGUGACCCUGAGGACGCUCCGGCCACCUCUGGGGAGGGGAGCGUGGAAAGCUUCCCCCUCCCCCUGCCCAAGGGGGGCAGCCGCGUGUCCAGCGAGGAGAGCGAAGAGGAGGGGGGCGAGGAGCCCCCCCGGACCCCGGUGCGCCCACCACGGCCUCAGGCGUUCUGCACCUUCGGGAGCCGCCUGGUCACCCCGGGCUGUUACGUGUUCGACCGACGGCUGGACCGGUUCUGCGCCGCGCUGGGCUCCAUGCUGGAGCGGCACCUCAGCGCACACAGGUGGAGGUGAGGGGGCCCCGGGUGCUGAGGGGGACAGGGGACAAAGCCACACGGACACAGAGAGGGUUUG